AUAUAAAAACAGUUGGCCCAAAUAACCUUAUCUCUUCACUUCUUUACAAUAUUAGCUUUUCCUCUCGCUCUCUCUCUACACUCAUCGCUUUCCCUCUCUCUCUCUACUCUCUCCCUCUCUCUCUACUCGACUUCGCCAUUGUAGGAAUCUUUCAGAUCCGGAGCUAAAGCCACCGGCUCGUCUCUCUCAUGGCGUACUCGUUUCCGGAGGAGGUUCUGGAGCACGUUUUCUCUUUCCUGAGCUCCGACAGGGACCGGAACGCGGUGGCGCUGGUGUGCCGGUCGUGGUACGAGAUCGAGCGGUGGUGCCGCCGCCGAGUGUUCGUCGGGAACUGCUACGCGGUGUCACCGGAGAUAAUGAUUCGGCGGUUCCCGGAGGUGCGGGUGGUGGAGAUGAAGGGGAAGCCUCAUUUCGCGGAUUUCAACCUCGUGCCGGAGGGCUGGGGCGGUUACGUGCAGCCGUGGAUCAGGGCGAUGGCGGCGUCGUACCCCUCGCUGGAGGAGAUCAGGCUCAAGCGGAUGGUGGUCACGGACGAGAGCCUCGAGCUCAUCGCGAGAUCGUUUAAGAAUUUCAAGGUUUUGGUGCUUUCUUCCUGCGAGGGUUUCACGACCGACGGCCUCGCCUCGAUUGCUGCUAAUUGCAGGAACCUUAGAGAGCUAGAUUUGAGGGAGAGUGAAGUGGAGGACCUAAGCGGGCAUUGGCUUAGCCAUUUCCCUGACAACUGUACUUCACUUGUGUCGCUUAACAUGUCUUGUUUAGGCUCAGAGGUCAGUUUCUCAGCCUUGGAGCGCCUGGUUGGACGGUGUCCUAAUUUGAGAACUCUUCAGCUAAACAGGGCUGUACCCCUUGAGAAGCUCCCCAACCUACUCCACCGGGCCCCUCAGUUGGUUGAAUUCGGUACUGGGGCCUACUCAGCUGAAAUUCGACCUGAUAUCUACUCAAACCUGGCAGAAGCAUUUUCGGUUUGUAAGCAACUCAAAGGCUUGUCCGGGUUUUGGGAUGUUGUUCCAGCUUAUCUUCCUGCUAUAUAUUCAGUUUGUGCUGGAAUCACUUCUCUGGACUUGAUUUAUGCAGCAAUUCAAAGUCCUGAUCUUGUAAAAAUUAUUAGCCUGUGUCGACAUUUACAGUGUCUCUGGGUUCUGGAUUACAUUGAAGAUGCUGGUCUGGAAGCCCUCGCUGCAUCUUGCAAGGAUUUGCAAGAACUUCGGGUGUUUCCUUCAGAUCCUUUUGAGGCAGAAGCCAAUGUUGCUUUGACAGAACAGGGGCUUGUCUCGGUUUCUGAAGGCUGUCCCAAGCUCCAGUCUGUUCUAUACUUCUGUCGUCAAAUGUCAAAUGCCGCCUUAAUUACAAUUGCAAGGAACCGGCCAGAGAUGGUCCGCUUCCGACUUUGUAUCAUCGAGCCUCGAGCUCCUGACUAUUUAACACUCGAACCACUUGACACUGGUUUUGGAGCCAUAGUAGAAAACUGCAAGGAAUUACGACGCCUUUCCAUGUCCGGCCUCCUUACUGAUCGAGUUUUUGAAUAUAUUGGAAAGCAUGCUAAGAAAUUGGAGAUGCUGUCCAUAGCUUUUGCCGGUGAGAGUGACUUGGGCCUCCAUCACGUUUUGUCUGGAUGCGAUAGCCUGCGGAAACUGGAGAUCAGGGAUUGUCCAUUCGGGGACAAAGCUCUCCUAGCAAAUGCUGCAAAGCUGGAGACAAUGCGAUCCCUUUGGAUGUCAUCAUGCUCAGUGAGCUAUGGAGCGUGUAAGCUGCUUGCUCAAAGGAUGCCCAGGCUCAACGUAGAAGUUAUAGACGAGAGAGGUCACCCUAAUUCCCGGCCAGAAACAUGCCCUGUUGAGAAACUCUACAUCUACCGGACAGUUGCAGGACGAAGAGUUGACAUGCCCGACUUCAUCUGGACGAUGGACAAAGAUGCAGGGAGCCCCGAGGGUUUCCUAAGCAACGGUGCAGUCGAGCAAUAAGCAUUCCUUCAGUUGAAGCAGGUAUUGCUCCUAAUUUACAAUUCUUCAACUUUUUAUAUCAGAAAAAAGGUUUAUGUGACCUCGCUGCCAGUGGAAGUGGGAAAGAGCUCCGGAGUUAGGAUGGUUGGAGAUGCCUAAAAACGGGCAGCUCGUCUCCAUCGAGUUUUGCACUUGGCUGAGAUAUUCUUUGCAACCCGUUCCCAUUUGAGGCCAACUCUUUUUUAGUUUAUCCGUCGCAUCUUGUGCUGUAUGAAUUUGUUUGUACAAGUAACUCGUGUACUAAAAUUUAGACUUACAGAGUCAAUCCUUUAGGAGGCUGAUUGUUUUCUUAUUUAUUUUUUCUUUUUUUCUUAUAGAAACUACUACUCUCGGACUUGUAUUAUUGAGAUUUUGUUCCCAUUAUGAGAUGUCUAUUCCCAGCAAUAAAGUGUAUUUAUUUUCA